AUGAGAGCCGGUUGGAACCGAGUCGCCAUCCUGGUGCGGUCCCCCACCGCUAUACCCACCGGCACCCGCUGCCUGGUCCUGCAAGAGUGGACUUGCAUCUGGGACCUAUGGACAUUCAGCUAUUCCCUCUCCGGCGUCGAGGAGGAGGAGCCCCACCGCGCCGAGGUCAACCUCUUCCGGUCUGCCUCUGGAAUGGGGAACCCAGCAGAUAUCCCGGUCCAGUCCCCCGCCGCCAUGCCCACCGGCACCCACUGCCUGGUCCUGGAGCAGUGCAAGCCACACGAGGUGGCAGGGAUUCACCGCGCCCUCGGGCUGGGCUACUCGCAGCACCAGCGGGACCAGCACCAGCGGGACCAAGUCGAAGCCAUGUGGCUGGACGGCCAGGCCCGCGACGGGAACGGCGACCCGGUCCACGGGCGCCUGCACAUAUGGUACACGAGCAUCCGCGCGGCGCAGGAGGCAAAGAUGCGCUGCAUCCGCGCGGCCCAGGAGGCGAAGAUGCGCUGGCCCCCACUGGAAUACGAGUGGGACCCCUGCUCCAACUCCCCGCCGUCGCUGAUACUGAGCCUCGAGGAGAUACAGGCCGGCGAGGUCGCCAUGUUCAAACACAGCCACCCGUUCGUCAACCUUAUCGAGGUCAACCAGGACACCAUCUUCGAGGUCAACCAGGACACCAUCUUCAACGCCGUCAUGAACGGCCUCGUCGACACGACGCGCGUGUACUGGCGGCCAGGAUGCGCUGGUCCCCCCUGGAGUACGGGUGGGACCCGUGCUCCGACUCCCCGCCAUCGUCCGACUGCUGUGAAGAGUGUCGCCACCGCCAACGCCCUUUGGAAGACUGCUGAGAAGGCUCUGACCACCGCCGUUGCCCUUCCGAAGACUGCUGUGAAGGGUGUGGCCACCGGAAGCACCCUCCCUCAGACUGCUGUGAAGGGUGUCGCCACCGGCAGCACCCUCACCCUCAUGCUGCGACUCGAGGAGAUCCAGGCCGGCGAGGUCGCCAUCUUUCAGCACAGCUACCCCUUUGUGAACCUCAUCGAGGGUGUCAACCGGUCAGGUUCACUUCGCGACUGGCUGGUUCACGGCAGCGCCAUUUCUAUUCAUGGCCUGUCCGCCCCUCGACUGAAGCUGCGACUCGAGGAGAUGCAGGCCGGCGAGGUCGCCGUCUUCAAGCACAGCUACCCCUUUGUGAACCUGAUCGACGGUCUCAACCGGUCAGGUUCACUUCGCGACUGGUUCACGGCAGCGCCAUUUCUAUUCAUGGUCUCUCCCAUCGAGGAGGCCUGGCUGGUCGACUGUGGCCCUGAUUCACCACUCAGCCUCGAUUUCUCGGGCACCUGA